AAAAGGCACCUAGGAAACCAAUACGAUAGCUAGGUGAUUUAGUUUUCAAGCGAACCUUAAAACUUUAUACAUCAAUAUGUGUGGAACCUCACGAGCACCCAUGAACUCUAAAUCCUAGAUCCUCCACUGCCGUGUGAGUAAGUUUUUACCCAUCCUUCAUCUCCAACUCCAAGAUUGUAGAUUCGAAUCACUAUUAGAGCAAAAAAAGUGUGAACUCCAAGAAAAGAUUUUAAAACAAACUAAAAUCUUAAACUCAUAAAUUUUAAAUUCUGACUCCACCUCUCCGUCUAAUGGUGUAUAUAUACAAAGGUAAACUUAAAAUCAUGAUAGGGAUUGCAAUGAGAUAAGGUUAUCCACCAUAGGCAAGUGAAGGAUCCCCACGUAGGACACCAAUGCCCCAUUUUCCACCUCUCAUAUCUUUAUGGGUCUCAACAACACACAAAAAGUAUACAAGUAGAGAACAAGUUACAACAAAAUUGAAAGCAAAACAAUAAUAAUGGCUUCUACUUCUUCAAUAGUCUCAAUGGCAAUGACACCAACUUACACAAGCCAAAACAAACAACCAAUUGUGGUUGAAUCAUUUUUCAAGCCAUUACCAAUUAGGCCAUCAAAACAAAUUGCAACAUCAAAAUCAACCGAUAAGUUUGUAGUCAUCAAAGCUUCUAGUUCUUCUUCAAUGAAAGAAAAGGCAGUGGCAGGAUUGUCAGCAGGUUUAAUCACAGCAACAAUGGUUGUGCCUGAUGUAGCACAAGCUGUUGAUGGUGUGUCACCAUCACUUAAGAACUUCUUGCUUAGCAUUGUGUCUGGUGGGGUUGUGCUUUUUGCUAUUCUUGGUGCUGUUAUUGGUGUCUCCAACUUUGAUCCUGUUAAGAGGGGUUAAUUUUGUGCCCUUUCUUUAAUUAUAUCUAUUAUCAUAUGGUUUGAUUUUCAAGUAUGAUUUGUGUAUGUUUACAUGAUCAAUUUAAUGCCAUAGUUUUUUCUUUUGGGGAAAAA